GUGGUGAAAACUCCAAACUAAAAUUGUAUCGAAAUGGCAACAGAAAUCGACUUUCUGAGAGAGUAAAAUCAAAGACUAAGUGAAGAUUUUAGGCGGUAUCAAAUGGAAAAUUUUUCUAAAUAUUCAUCUGUACAGUGCACCGAUUUUGACAACCACCCUUUCUAGCAGUUUAAAGGCUAGAGAAGUUCCAGAAUACUAUUGGAAAAUAGACACAUUGAAGAAUGUAAGAACAAUUUCAGUUCACCUGCAUCACUCCUGCCCCAAGAUGGCACAGCUCGGUUCCAAGAGAGACUCCCGCUACCUGUGAUUCUUCCCACAGAGGGAAGUGAGAGCAUAGUUUUGCUCCUGGUGUCUUCCAGCUAACAAAUGUAAUUUGAGCAAAAACGUAUGGCAGGCGCUGCUUGAGAAAUUUGCAAACAAAACAGACAAAAAUUUCUGCAUUUGUGAAGUUAAGAAAGCAUUGUCUAACUCAAGAAAGCUGUCUGCCAAGGAGAAGGAGACGACACAUUUGAAAACCUCGUGUUUGACCAAAGCUUUUUAGCUCCUCUUAUAACUGAGUAUGAUAAACAUCUAGGAGAACUAAAUGGGCAGAUGAAAUAUUAUCAGAAACAGGUGGGUGAGAUGAAACUACAGCUUGAAAAUGUCAUCAAGGAAAAUGAAAGGUUGCACAGUGAAUUAAAAGAUGCUGUUGAAAAAAAAUUGGAGGCCUUUCCCCUUGGCACAGAGAUAGGAACUGAUACAUAUGCAAAUGAUGAAACAGUCAGAAACCUUCAAGAACAAUUGCAGCUAGCCAAUGAAGAAAAAACUCAGGCUGUGGAACUCUGGCAGACUGUUUCUCAGGAGUUGGACAGACUACACAAGCUUUACCAGGAACAUAUGACCGAGGCCCAAAUUCAUGUAUUUGAAAGUCAAAAACAAAAGGAUCAGCUUUUUGAUUUUCAACAACUGACCCAGCAACUUCAUGUUACUAAUGAGAACAUGGAAAUGACUAAUCAACAGUUUCUGAAAACAGUAACUGAACAAAGUGUGAUGAUCGAACAACUCCGAAAAAAACUUAGGCAAGCCAAAUUAGAGCUGAGAGUUGCUGUAGCAAAAGUGGAAGAGUUAACUAACGCGACUGAAGAUCUGCAGGGACAGAUGAAAAAGAAGGAGAAGGAUGUGGUGUCUGCCCAUGGAAGAGAGGAAGCAUCAGAUAGGCGCUUACAGCAGUUACAGUCCAGUAUAAAACAAUUAGAAAUAAGAUUAUGUGUGACAAUCCAAGAAGCCAACCAAUUAAGAACAGAAAAUACACAUCUGGAAAAACAGACCAGAGAGCUACAAGCAAAGUGCAAUGAAUUAGAAAAAGAGCGAUAUGAGGCUAUUGUAAGAGCCAGAAAUAGCAUGCAACUCUUAGAAGAAGCUAACCUUCAAAAAAGUCAGGCUCUACUUGAGGAGAAGCAAAAAGAAGAAGACAUAGAGAAAAUGAAAGAGACAGUUUCUCGGUUUGUACAAGAUGCUACCGUAAGAACCAAGAAGGAAGUUGCAAACACAAAAAAACAAUGCAAUAUACAAAUUUCUCGAUUAACAGAAGAACUUUCAGCCCUUCAAAUGGAGUGUGCUGAAAAACAAGGCCAAAUUGAACGAGUCAUUAAGGAAAAAAAAGCAGUGGAAGAAGAACUAGAAAAGAUUUACCGUGAAGGCAGAGGAAAUGAAAGUGAUUACAGAAAACUGGAAGAAAUGCACCAAAGAUUCCUGGUUUCAGAGCGUUCAAAAGAUGAUCUUCAGAUAAGGCUGACGAGAGCAGAAAAUAGAAUAAAACAACUUGAAAUUGACUCCUCAGAAGAGAUAUCACGUUACCAAGAAAUGAUUCAGAAAAUUCAAAAUGUGUUGGAGUCUGAGAGAGAGAACUGUGGGCUUGUCAGUGAACAAAGGCUAAAACUUCAGCAAGAAAAUAAACAGUUACGGAAAGAGACUGAGAGUUUAAGGAAGAUUGCCCUGGAGGCUCAAAAAAAAGCCAAAUUAAAGAUCAGUACAAUGGAACAUGAAUUUUCAGUAAAGGAACGUGGGUUUGAAGUUCAAUUGAGAGAGAUGGAAGACAGUAAUAGAAAUUCCAUUGUUGAACUGAGGCAUCUCCUAGAGACUCAACAGAAGGCAGCCAAUAGGUGGAAAGAAGAAACGAAGAAACUUACUGAAAGUGCAGAAAUUAGAAUCAAUAAUCUAAAGAGUGAGCUGAGUCGACAGAAACUUCAUACCCAAGAGCUGCUUUCUCAGCUGGAAAUGGCAAAUAAAAAGGUAGUUGAGAAUGAAAAGCUAAUUCUAGAGCAUCGAGAAAAAGCCAACAGACUUCAAAGGCGUCUAAGUCAGGCAGAAGAGAGAGCUGCUUCAGCUUCCCAGCAGCAUAACUUGGAACAUUUGAAAGCUUUUCAACCUAAAUGUGGGGAAAAAACAGGUAAGGCAUUAUUUUUGCACAAAACUAGCAUUCCUAAUAGUGCAAAUGAAUCUGAUACCUCUUAAAAUGGUGAGAGGUGAUACUAUUAAUUUAGAUUUUCUUUCUAUGGCUUGACAAAUUAUCCCUCUAUAAAUUCUACUCUCACCCAGAGCUGUUGCUGUAGUCAAAAGAUAACUGUAGAUAAAGUCCAACCUUCUCCUGUAUCCAGCAAAAGGUUUUUGCUCAUAUGCAAAAAAAAUCUAAUUUUUAAAUUAUGCUACAAGUGAAUAUACAACUUGGAUUCAUAAGAACCUUCUAUUAUCUGUAGCAACAAGCUGAUCUGGACAGCAGUCUUUCAAAAUGAGCCCCAUAGCUCAAAAAUAGUCAGUCAGUCUAAAAACCUGCGUCAUUCUUUCCCCUCCCCUGAAUUAGCUACUAAAAUGACUUCAAAAGUUAAGACUUGGUUUGAAAAUGUCAUACAUACAAUAGGGAUGCAUCAGAUCUACUAUUUGAUCAUCUGAUAAAACUUGCAUAGCAAGAUGGAAUUCAAUAAGCCUUUUUUGUUGUUGACAAUCAUCUGGAAGACUUGAAAGUUAACCGCAGAACUCAAAGCAUUAUUCAUUAAGUAUCAUAAUGUCCCUGCCAUAUGGAAACAGAUGUAUAAAUGAAUCAGGAAUCUGAAUACUGGUAUUAACAAACUAAAGAGAAUUUAGGGGAAGUCGGGCUUGUUCCAAAGGCCCAUAAUUCUGUAUCUCAUUGCUAUUUAAACUUUCCUUCCUUAAGUUUGAUUCACAACCACAUUGAAUUCCAAAGAAAAUUAACAGGACCUAAACACUAUCCACUGUCUUAAUACAUAUGCA